AUGAACGUCAUAUCAUUUGGGGACAACAACAAUGGCGGCGGCUUCGUGGUGCAGGCAGACACCAUCCAGGAUUUCGGGGAGGUGAUCAACCCAGCUCCCACCAGCUCCUACAACACUCCCAGCACCCAGUCCAGCUCAGGAUUCAGCAUCUCCGGCCCCACCCUGGCUCCCAAGCAGCCCGUCACCCUUCCGACUCUCCCUCCGAAGCAGCCAGUCACCCUGCCCACCUUGCCCCCUAAGCCGGCCUUCACCCUGCCCACCUUGCCCCCGAAGCCGGACCUGAGCAGCUUGUUGGGCGGUGCGAGCUCCGCAGGACAGACCUUGGCCAGCGUGUCGAGCGGCGGUGCGCAAGCCGUGAGGUGGCUGGUGAACACCAAAUCGAACGGCAUCCAAACCGCGACCAGGGUAGCCAGCGACGGCUUGCAGUAUGCGGGUCAGCUCAGCGCCGCCGUCCUGCGCGUCCUCUUGCAGGUGCCCGCCAUCAAGGCCCGCGUGCUCUCGGAGAUCAUAGAGGCGUCGCAGCCCCUCGUGUACGCCGUUAGUGACGUCCUCUCGGAGUCCGCCGACGACAUGGGCGACAUUCUGCAGGCCAAGACUGCCAUCGUCAGCGACACUAUGAACAUCCUCAUCAAACUCAUCCAAGAUAUCCUGGCGCUGAAGGGACGCAUCAUCGCUUCCCUGGGUGGGUCCGGCCUCGACGUGGGCGCAAAGGCCUUCAACGCCGCCACGCGCAUCGGCGGGGCCUUCAUCGAGUCCGCCGGAGGCGUGGCUUCGGCUGUGGGCUCAGGCGUGGGUGACGUCGUGAGAGUGGCAACUUCCGCCAACCUCCCCCCUCCCCCCAGCCUCCCUCCUCUCGCCCUCCCGACGCUCCCCAACCUCCCCAAGAUCACGCUUCCGACCAUCGACUUCAGCAAACUGACUCAGUCGAACUUGGCGCCCAUCCCGCUGCCCUCGAAGCCCGCCUCGGCGCCCCAGUCCGUGACGCAGCCGUCUCAGACUUACGGCACUCCCUAGGUGAACCGACGCCUCUCAUUUGCUGUACAUUCUAGUUCAUUCCAGUGCCGUUACACUCCGUGGCUUCCAGUCUUGUUCAUCUUUCGCCGAAGA